AUGAGUUUUGACCUGAUUGGUGUAAUAUGGCUCCACAAAUUAAAUAUACUAAGUUGUUCAUUGACAAUAAGUGGGGUGGAUUCUGUAAGUGGAAAAACAUUUCCCACUACCUGCCCUCAUGACGGAUCCGUUAUCGCGCACGUCUCCGAAGGAGAUAAGGCCGAUGUAGAUUUAGCUGUGGCUGCAGCUAAACGAGCCUUUCACCGAAAUUCAGAAUGGCGCCUACUGGAUGCAUCUGAGAGGGGCGCCCUUAUAAACAAAUUGGGAGAUCUAGUCCAAAGAGAUAUUCAAUAUCUUGCAGAACUAGAAUCUUAUAACAAUGGAGGCCUCCUGAGUACUAUGAGAGAUUUCUUGAGCGCUCAAUGCAAAAACGUACGGUAUUUAGCAAGCUUAGCCGAUAAAGUACAGGGUGACACCAUACCGGCAGAUGGUGAACUUCUAUCUUAUACGUUGAAACAGCCAGUCGGUGUUGCUGCAUUGAUUCUGCCUUGGAACGGUCCCAGUAUACUUUUUUUGAUAAAAGUUUGCAAUGCUUUAGCCGCUGGGUGCACUGUAGUGGUGAAACCAGCUGAACAAACGCCAUUGACUGCUUUAGCUUUAGCCGCUUUAGUGGCUGAGGCCGGUUUUCCCAAAGGUGUUGUAAAUGUCGUUAAUGGGUACGGCGAGACUGCUGGUGUAGCUCUCACACACCACCCAGAUGUGGCUAAAAUAUCUUUCACUGGAUCUGUAGAAGUCGGAAAGUUGAUUCAGCAAGCAGCUGGAGCAAAUAAUUUGAAACGUGUUUGUUUGGAGCUGGGCGGUAAAAGUCCGCUUAUUAUAAUGAACGAUGCCGAUUUGAACCUUCUCGGCUUUAUGUACAAUCUGGAAUUUAUGACAAGUUUUGUAGAGGCAGCCGUUAAGUAUGCUCAAAGUAUCAAAAUUGGUAACCCUGCUGAUCCUACUACACAGCACGGACCGCAGGUAGACGAAGUUAUGUUUAAAAAAGUAUUAGGGUACAUCGAGAAAGGGAAAAAAGAAGGUGCCAGAUGUCUGACGGGUGGCAAGCGAGUCGGUACUACUGGGUACUACAUAGAGCCUACGGUGUUUGUUGACGUAAAAGAUGACAUGACUAUCGCUAAGGAGGAGAUUUUUGGUCCCGUACAAAGUAUUUUUAAAUUUGAAACGUUUGAAGAAGUUCUUGAGCGUGCUAACAAUACUAGUUACGGAUUGGCAGCUGGAAUUUUUACAAAUGAUAUCAACACCGCUCUGCAGUUUACUAAACACGCUGAGGCUGGCAAUGUUUGGGUGAACACAUAUUUUGCCAUGACCCCCCAGACACCUUUCGGAGGAUUCAAAGAUUCAGGCAUUGGUCGUGAAGGUGGUUUGCACACUUUAGAUGAGUAUAUGGAAGUGAAGAGUGUAGCAAUAGCUUUACCUAAAAAAACUGUAAAUCUGUGA